GGAGGGGCGACUGGCGCUGUGGCGAAACCCCGCCAUGGAGCCGAGCUUUGGGACGGCGGGGCCCCGACGACAAGGUCCCUUCUGAUUACGCCACACCAUGCCCCUCAGCCUCUUCCGGCGCCUUCUCCUUGCUGCCUUGAUGCUGGUGAUUAUUUGGACCCUUUUCGGGCCCUCAGGCAUCGGGGAGGAGCUGCUGAGCCUCUCACUGGCCUCCCUGCUCCCGGCGCCGGCGUCCCCAGGGCCGCCCCUGGCCCUGCCCCGCCUCCUGAUCCCCAAUGAGGAGGCAUGUGGGGGUCCCGGCGCCCCACCCUUCCUGCUCAUACUGGUGUGCACGGCCCCAGAGAACCUGAACCAAAGAGACGCCAUUCGGGCUUCGUGGGGCGGGCUGCGCGAAGCCCGAGGGCUCAGGGUGCAGACACUCUUUCUGCUGGGAGAGCCAAGUUUGCGGCAUCCCACCAGGGAAUCCCACGAGAUCGACCUGGCACGAGAGGCAGCGACUCGGGGAGACAUCUUGCAGGCGGCUUUCCGGGACUCUUACCGGAACCUUACUCUCAAGACUCUCAUCGGGCUGAGUUGGGCAUACAAACAUUGCUCCGUGGCCCGCUACAUCCUCAAGACGGAUGAUGACGUGUUUGUCAACGUCCCUGAACUGGUAUCGGAGCUGGUUCGCCGAGGGGGCCGUUGGGAACAAUGGGAGAAAAGCAUGGAGCCUCCAAAAGAGAAUACGUUUGAAGAUGAAGAGUGGGAAGAAAGGUCCAUCUUCAGGGGCCAGCCAAUGCCUCUUUUGUACCUGGGCCGUGUGCACUGGCGGGUGCACCCCUCUCGGACACCAGGGAGCAAACACCAGGUAUCAGAGGAGCAGUGGCCUCCCACCUGGGGCCCCUUUCCACCCUAUGCCUCUGGCACAGGGUAUGUGCUGUCAGCUUCUGCCGUGCAGCUCAUCCUGAAAGUGGCCAGCCGGGCACCCCCUCUACCACUGGAAGAUGUCUUUGUGGGGGUAAGUGCCCGACGAGGAGGCCUCACCCCAACCCAUUGUGUCAAGCUGGCUGGGGCCACCCACUACCCCCUGGACCGGUGCUGCUAUGGGAAAUUCCUGCUGACAUCCCACAGGUUGGACCCCUGGAAGAUGCAGGAGGCCUGGAAGCUAGUGGGAGGCUCUGAGGGAGAAAAGACUGCACCCUUCUGCUCCUGGCUCCAGGGAGUCUUGGGCAUCCUGCGGUGUCGGAUAAUAGCCUGGCUUCACAGCUGACAGUGUCUGGGGCCACAGCAGA